UUUUUAAAUAUAGCCUUUAUUUUAAAAAGAGACUAGAACAUGUCAAAAAGUCCUACUUGGAAACUUCAUGAGUCCUGCAGUGAAGAGUGCUCUGCGUGAGGCGAACAGUUCAUCUCCAGACACCUUAGGGAAUGAGUUUGGAAAAGAGCAACAGAAUUGAGAACUGAAUGAAAAAGACAUGCUUUUAAAGAUGCCUGCGAUGGAUUGGUUUAUUUCAUUCUACUGAUGAGGUUGUGGACUAUGUCUUUGGCUGAUACAACAAAAGCACACACAAAUGAGCAUUUCCCCAGCCUGGCACUAGGAAGCAACAGGAAGUCUGCAGAAGGCAAGAGUAGCCCAGGCGCUGGCGACCUGUCACGGAACAGCAGGGCUUCCAAUGGGAGCGUGGAUUACAGCAGAUCUCAGUGCUCCUACAGAAGCCUGACCUCCCACUAUGACUAUUCAGAAGACUUUCUUUCUGAGUGCUCUGAAGCAGCCACCAACAGACAUGAGUUAGAGCAGCCUCUGGGGAAAGAAAAGGAGAAAAGAAAGUAUAGCCCUUCUAAAAUCCCCCAGCCUAAAGGCCAGAAGGACCUCCCAACCGAGAAAAGGCACACCUGGAAUGCUUCAUUUCUCAAUUCUCAAAUUCAAACAGUUACCAAAAGAAGAGAUGCCAUGACACACCGCAUACUGUCAGCCCGACUUCAUAAGAUUAAAGAGCUGAAGAAUGAGCUAGCCGACACACGCCGGAAGCUGGAAGCCACUGCCACAGAGAACCAAAUCCUGAAGCAGCUUCAGCUCAGGCAUGCAAAAGCCAUCGGGAGAUACGUGAGCUCACAAGACAGCCUGCCGCAGGUCACAGUUAGACACCAGAAUGAGGUGAGAAGCCUGCGGCAGCUCCUUCGGAAAUCCCAGGAGAAGGAGCGAGCUGUGGCGAGGAAGCUCCGAGAGACUGACAGUGAGCUGCUGAGGACUAGAGAUGCCUUGCAGGCCCUACAGAAACUUUCAGAAGACAAGAGCCUUGCGGAAAGAGAAGAACUGACUCACAGGUUGACUGUUCUGACAGCCAAAAUGGAGGCAAAUGACAAAAAAAUACAGAACUUGGAAAAACAGCUGAGGCUGAACAAUCGAUCCUUUGGUCGGCAGUUGGCCAAAGAAAACCGGAAGACAUUAACAGCGCAAACAGCAACAAAGACUCUUCAGGGAGAAGUGCGGCAGCUGCAGCAGAAACUUAAGGAGAAGGAUCGCGAGCUGGAAAUUAAAAACAUCUACACUAAUCGAAUACUUAAAAACUUACAUGAAAAGGAAGAUUACCCAAAAGUUUCUUCAACAAAAUCAGUACAAGCAGACAGAAAAAGUUUGCCAUCUGUAAAUAUGAGACACCAGGAAACCCAAAAGUCGGAUGUGCCACUGUGGACAGCAAAGGGUAAAAAGACAACAGGAAACAUUGGUCAUAAAGGAAAAUCAACUGAAAUAAACCAUGACAUUUCUUGCUACAUGUGUAAACUACCAAAACAAGAGGAGUCUAAGCGAAACUAUGAAGAUUUAUCAAAGGAGGUUGAACACCCAAAACCACAAGCCUCUCUGGAAACUCUUAGGAAGCAAGAAGAGAAAAGGGAAGAUCAAGAAAAGAAAGUCAUCCCACCAGAAGUAGAGCCAAUUGCAAAGGAAAGUGUGACCCCUGCACACCCAGAGGGUGAGGUUCCAGCCAGGGAAGUGGCUGUGGUGGCUGAGGUGGCCCAGGAGGGAGAGGCCUAUGAUGUGGAGCCUGGGCCAGCCCCAAACAAGACCCCUCGGCCAAGGAAGCACUACUCCUUCACCGAGGCCACUGAGAACCUGCACCACGGGCUGCCCACAUCCUGUGGGCAGGCCUCGGGCAGCCCACGCUGCCGCCACGGUAUGGGCAAGCACCGCAGCGACCAGGACUUGCGGCUGGAGCCUGCCAGCUAUGAGCCCUCCUUCGGCAAGGCCACCAGGGUCAAAGCCAAGGAGACAGCCUUCCGGGACAAGAAGAGCAGCCUCAUGGAGGAGCUCUUUGGUGCAGGCUUCGCGGGCAGGAGUGGCCCCACCAAUGGCGAGGUGGCCGGCAAGGCCCAGCAGCUCGGACCCAGCCAGGCCUCUGCCAGCAACGCCUUUGGGGACUCCAGAGCCACCGUGGUACGGUCUAUCCAGGCCUCACCCGCCGAAGGAAACAGAAAAACGGUUAUUUAAAUGCAACAGAGGCCUAAUACAUUCUGGUUUAUAUACUAGUUACGUGCCUUUAAUCUUACUUACCAUGUGAGGGUUUACAUAGUGUCUGUUUUAGUACUUGGGUGGACUGCAGGUAAUUUACUGCUAUCUAAUAAAAUAAUCCGCUGUACCUUGAUCAACGGUAACAUUUUAGAUACAAACUUACACCUUUACUAUGAAGGCAAAAAUCGUCCACUCUUCAGGCAGACCAGUUUAUUACAGAGCUUGGAGAUGCGGGACUCACAGUGACUCUUGUUCAGCCAUACAAACUCUAUCAACAGGACUACUGUCAAAACAUCAUGGAAGAGGCACUGGCCAGCAAGAGAGCUACCAGACUCAAAAAGACAGUACAGAGAUUCACGCUCUGCCUCGGUCAUUGCCGGUGGUCUCCUGCUCAGCGGAGCAGUCUGAGUGCCCUGCCUUUGAGAGCCAAUCUGUGCCUGUAUAGGAGGCUGCAUUUUUUUGUUGUUGUUGAGAUAUAUUACUCUUUUGUUAUAUAAUGGUCUCUUCUCUUAACCUUGUCCUAAAACAACUGUAUGCUCGAGCUAGCUGCUCAGGUCUAAGAGCUUUUGUUGGAGCUAUAAAGGGUCUGAAUUCCCAGCCUACACUGUGUAACCCGCCUUCCUUUAGCUAUAGGAGCAACAAUUCCAUAUCUGGAAUUGGCCACACUGUCUCCAGAUGUUUAUACACUAGUGUAUAUUAGCACCAAUGGCUCAGUGUCUGCUGAGGGGUGAUGCUGCCGCCGCCUGUGGCUGCUCUCGCCCACAUCUCAACACUCAGGAGGCAGAGGGUGUUCUGAGUCUGGGCCAGCCUGGUCUUCAUGGUGGGUUCCAGGCCAGCCAGGGCUGCACAGGAAGACCGUGCCUCAAAAAAAUUAAAAUUAAAAAAAAAAUUAAUUUUGGUUUUUCAGGUUUUUUCCUUUCAUCUUUUUUAAAGGACAUACACAGCAACAUUCAUAAACAUGGAUCAUCUUGGAGAACCCUAGGAAGCAGGUAGCAGUGGAGCGUGGAAAACUGACAGGGCAGAGGGACAGAGACACUUUCUGCUGCACCUUUCCCUGGUUAAUUCAAUGUUUAUUACCCAUUUUUAAACAAAUACAAUUCUGGGGGGAGAGACUCAGUGAUAUCCCCCACUCAGCCGUACACACAUUAUACACAUGGGGACACGAGCAGCCUUACAUUACACGUGUGGAGCACUAACAUCUGGGAACAAGCUAACCCUUUGUCACUGUUUUCCUGCAGUCAGCUGUCAUCACACAUCCCUUGAGAGGCCCAGGUCUGGUUGGCGUUAAGCACCAUUCCAGAUCACAGCUCACUACAAAAGGACCGGGUGCAAGCAUACCCUUCCCCACCCUGAGUGCCGAGCUCCUGAAGCGAGCCCAGACUGUGCAGCGGAUGUGCAGGCCAAUGUUGGCAAUGCCGACUGCUGCACACCACUUGUGCCCUUUAUACACCAGCCUAGUCACCCUGGUGCAGUGUAAGUCUACAGCGUCUGCUGCUCGGGUGGUGCUCCAUCUGACACUCGCCCUAUUCACAGUACAGUCAGCCAAAAGAACAAGCUGUUUAUGAGAUCACUAGGAAACAUAAGAAUAUAAAUAUGAUCCUUCAAAACCCAGUGCUAUGCCUUUAAUCCCGGCAGCUAGGAGACAGAGACAAGUGAAUCCCUGUAAGUUCCAGGUGAGCCUGGUCUACGUAGUGAGUGCCAGGACAGCCAGAGCUGUGCAGAGACUGUGAUGGUGCUAGCUUGUGGCUUUUCUGUGCUGUGGCUCCCCAGAGUCUAGGCUAUCAGCACUGGCCAAUACUGUAACUAGGAAAAGUGCUUCAAAAACAGACUUGGAGCCAGGUGAAGCAGCAAACACCUUUAAUCCCAGUAUUUAGGAGACAGAGGCUGGUGGACCUCUGUGGAUUCAAGGCCAGCCUGGCCUAAGGAGAGAGUUCCAGAACAGCCAAGACUACACUGAGAGACUAUGUCUCAAAAAAACAAAAGAUAA